GACUGGAAUGAAAUUGAUCCCGUUAAAAAGAAAGACCUUCAUCACAGCAAUGGAGAAGAGAGGGCGCAGAGCGUGGAGACCCUCCCUCCAGGGAAAGUGCGGUGGCCAGACUUUAACCAGGAAGCUUACGUUGGAGGGACAAUGGUCCGCUCCGGGCAGGACCCCUACGCCCGCAACAAGUUCAACCAAGUGGAGAGUGACAAGCUGCGGAUGGACAGAGCCAUCCCUGACACCCGGCACGACCAGUGUCAGCGGAAGCAGUGGCGGGUGGACCUCCCGGCCACCAGCGUGGUGAUCACAUUCCACAAUGAAGCCAGGUCGGCCCUGCUGAGGACAGUGGUCAGUGUGCUUAAGAAAAGCCCGCCCCAUCUCAUAAAAGAAAUCAUCUUGGUGGACGACUACAGCAGUGACCCCGAGGACGGGGCUCAAUUGGGGAAAAUCGAGAAAGUGCGGGUUCUUCGGAACAAUCGGCGGGAAGGCCUGAUGCGCUCGCGGGUCCGGGGGGCUGACGCCGCCCACGCCAAGGUGCUGACCUUCCUGGACAGUCACUGUGAGUGCAACGAGCGCUGGCUGGAGCCGCUGCUGGAGAGGGUGGCCGAGGACAGGACACGGGUCGUCUCCCCCAUCAUCGACGUCAUCAACAUGGACAACUUCCAGUACGUGGGGGCGUCUGCUGACCUGAAGGGCGGUUUUGAUUGGAACUUGGUGUUCAAGUGGGAUUACAUGACGCCUGAGCAGAGACGGUCCCGGCAGGGCAACCCCGUCGCCCCCAUCAAAACCCCCAUGAUCGCUGGCGGGCUGUUCGUGAUGGACAAGUCCUAUUUUGAGGAGCUUGGGAAGUACGACAUGAUGAUGGACGUGUGGGGAGGAGAGAACCUGGAGAUCUCGUUCCGUGUGUGGCAGUGCGGUGGCAGCCUGGAGAUCAUCCCGUGCAGCCGCGUGGGACACGUGUUCCGGAAGCAGCACCCCUACACCUUCCCGGGGGGCAGCGGCACUGUCUUUGCCCGCAACACCCGCCGGGCUGCAGAGGUCUGGAUGGAUCAAUACAAGAACUUCUAUUAUGCAGCAGUGCCUUCUGCCAGGAACGUUCCUUAUGGAAACAUUCAGAGCAGACUGGAGCUUAGGAAGAAACUCGGCUGCAAGCCUUUCAAGUGGUACCUUGAAAAUGUCUAUCCAGAACUAAGGGUGCCAGACCAUCAGGACAUCGCGUUUGGGGCCUUGCAGCAGGGAACCAACUGCCUCGACACGCUGGGCCACUUUGCCGAUGGUGUGGUUGGAGUUUAUGAAUGUCACAAUGCUGGGGGGAACCAGGAGUGGGCCCUGACCAAGGAGAAGGCGGUGAAGCACAUGGACCUGUGUCUCACCGUGGUGGACCGCGCGCCUGGCUCGCUCGUGAGGCUGCAGGGCUGCCGGGAGAACGACAGCAGACAGAAAUGGGAGCAAAUUGAGGGCAACUCCAAGCUGCGGCACGUGGGCAGCAACCUGUGCCUGGACAGCCGCACGGCCAAGAGCGGUGGCCUGAGCGUGGAGGCGUGUGGCCCGGCCCUGUCCCAGCAGUGGAAGUUCUCGCUGAACCUGCAGCCGUAGGAGCCCGUGGCCCCGCCGCCUGUCGCCCGCACCGUCAGGCUGAGCUCGGUGAUCACGUUCUCGAUUAGGUUUCUCAAACUUUCCGCGAAACUAUAUACCUCAGUGUUCCAUCAUGGUCCGAAAGUCAGAGAACUUCAGCAAGGCCCGGGGGACCGUGCAGACUGGCACCGGCGGCCACAGAGAACAGCCCGCCCCCACUGCCAGCCUCUGCCCCCCACUCGCUCUGCAGCUGAGGAGCACCCCAGCCGUGACCGACGCGGGCCACGUGGACGUGCUGGAGGACAGGGAGGGGACGCUGCAGGUGCCCUGGCAGCAGGGGACAUCUUUCUGAAUCUCCAUGUUUGAUCCCAUCGACAUCACGUGUGGCUUCCACAAAACCGACUCGUGUUGUUCUGCAGGUUUCCGUAGUUAUCUCCUUCCUCUGGUCCUCCCUCCCCGACCGUCUUCCUAGCCCGGGCCGCUGCCACCUGAUGUCCUUGCUGUAUUUGCAUAUGAACUUUUCUAUGGUGGGACACUCGGUUAGUUCCCUAUGGUUUCUGUAGGCUGUCGUCCUCCUGUGAAUUGCCCACGAAGCUGUGGUUCCCUCAGGGGGAGAAAGUGGCCUCUUUUGUCCCCUGGAGCCUGAUUAUCCAGCAGGUGCCGUGCAGCCAGCUCAGGGGCUUACCCCAGACCACCAGCCUCGGCCCGCAGCUGUGUGUGGCUUCAGCUUGGGAGUCACUGCUGUGUGUUGGAAUCCGCUUUGCGUGCUGUUGGUAUCUGUAAACCUGGAUGGGUUCCUUAUUUUGACAAAUAUUGCUUUGGGUCUCUUUUAGAUUAAAUUUCUUUCUCUAGGGAAAACAAACCAACCCCACAGCUCCCAGCAUCUGUGACAGGGCAGACUGAUGGCUGUAGGCAGCUGUCACCGGCUAGCACAGGGCUGAGAUCCUCAGCCCCUGCACACUGGGCCUUCGGAGUUAACUGAGCUGCUGGCAGCCUGGCAGCCUGAACACAGACUAGGGUCACAGCCCUGUAUGACCGCGUCCUGCUGUGCUCCAGCCAGGCAGCAGGUCCUUCCUUGCCCUUGACUCCCUCCCACGCCCGCCAGGUGGAGGUGACUGCUUCGGGGAUUUGGAGUAAAGAAUUAGGAAGGAUCAGAACCCAACAAUGCUCUUUUACACUGAGCUUUUGGGGUGAGAUGGGAGCCUGAGGUCUUGCAUGAACCACAGGACAGGCGUGAACCAGAAGUGGCCGUGGGAAGAGAUGCCCAGGUGUUGGCCUGGGAGCCCUUGCCUCGGCCGUGCCCCAGCUCUGCAGGAUGGGUCCUUCGUCACCCCAUGGCCACUGCCUGCCCCCUCCCAUCCCCACAGACACCCAGUCUCAAAGAGGCUUGCAGGCCAGGCAGCCUGCAAGCUGCCUCGUGGUGUGAUGAGCGUGUUCAGGGCACAUCUUCAAGCCCCUCUGUGGACUGCAGAGGUCAUGGGGUCAGGAGUGGCCCCGGGACACCCUGCCAUGCCCUCUCCUCGCUGCCCUUGUCUUCUGGGGAGGGACCGUUGCUGGUCUCUCUUCCUCCACUGCAGAAGCCCCACAUGUGCACUUUACAUCAGUGGGACUACGUGGGGGCCUGGCAGGGUGUCUGUCCUAGGUCCUCUUUCUCACUCUGCCAAGCAGCCAGGAGGGUUUUACACUGACAGCGUGGCCGUAGGCUCUGUCUUUCACGGUGGACGUCAGGGAAGGGUCUAAGGAAGGUCACACGCAGACACGUGCGCAGGGCUGUCGAGCACAGGCAGGACAGGGUCGGCGCUGUGGGCUCAGCCCCGGCCUCUGCCGUCAGACCCUGUCACCCAUGAGCUGCUACUACUGUUAGAGGGGAAGACACAGACGCACAACAAUCCUGGCUUGUUUUCAGUCAUGUUUUCUGAUGAGUCCUCCACCCACCCAGGAGUCUCAUCAGCCUGGGUACCAUCGGGACAUGUCUACCCAGUCCCCGGUGCUGGCCACGGCCUGGGGGCUGCAGCCCGUCCCUGAGCUGGCGGGCGGCUUUGGCUGGUGUGGGCGUCACAAGCGGAGGAAGGCGGGGAGGGGUCUUCGCGGCGAGCUAUGUUUACAUGACGCAGCGUGCCAAAGUGACCCACUGUGGUUGCGUCGUUUUCUAGUCAUCAGGACUGUCCCACCCUCCCCUCCUGUUUUUAAAACUAAAAACUUCCUUACUAAGAGCACUUGGAGCAAAGCGUGGCCAAGCGGGUCGUCCUCCCUGUGGCGGUCUUUCCUCUGUCUUCAUCAAAGCUGCGGUGAUGGUGUCUGUGAGUAUGUUUUGCAGAUUCAGAAUAUAGUUUGGUAAUUUUCUUUUCCAGUUGAUUUUUAAAAAGAACUGCUGUACAGUGCUUGUACCUUGUCCAUUUUAUAGAUGGAAACCAUCCUUGAAAAUUGUUUAACUUAAAUAAAGAGAAGAUACUUUAUAGAUAA